AUGUUGGCGAAAAAUGUCUCUUCACUAUACACCGACUGCAAGAAGCUUGCUGAGGGGGGUUUCGCAUCGCUGUUUUUAGUACGACGUGCACAGGACAGAGUGCUUGUAGUUGUUAAGGAGGCAUCCGCUUCGCAGGAUGACGACGCAAAGGCCAUUAAGUCCGCACGUAACGAGUUCAAUAUAGUUAUGCGUCUGUCUUCGCCAUAUAUAGUCAACUAUUAUGCUGUCAGGACCCAUGAUAAUGGGUCGAUAUACCAUAUCGAGAUGGAGUACUGCUCUGGCGGGUCGGUGCAGCAACUCAUUCAGCGCAUACGCUCCGCACGCUCUAAGCUCCCGGAAAGUGCUGUCUGGGAAAUAGUUGCCCAGGUACUUAAGGCCUUGCAGUAUUUACACUCCUGGUGUCAAAAGGGCUAUUUAGGGAUUGUGCACAGAGAUAUCAAGCCGGAGAAUCUCCUCAUCGAUACUAGAGGGUUAAUACGGCUUUGUGACUUUGGCCUAUCUAUGGCCUUGCAGGCCGGCAAUCCACCUGCUGCAGCAAAGCGAUCCGGGACAACGAGCUAUAUGGCCCCAGAGAUACAAGCACUAGGGGCUGUAACCACAAUAUCGGAUAUCUGGUCCCUUGGCUGUACAAUUUGGGCGAUAUGCACCCUCAAACACCCACGCUUCAGCCGGCGUGAUCUGUUGGAGGGCCCGGUGGUCGACUUUCUUGGCUACACAACUCCGUUGCGCAAGUUUGUCCGUUUGCUUUUGCAACCAGAUCCUAAGGCGCGUCCUACUGCCGAGCAACUUUUAUCUGACGAGAAUGUGGUGAACGCUCUUAAGCGCAUUGACGACGGUGAGUAUUAUGACAUCUAUCCUCCACAAGACUUGAUUGCACUGUAUGAGGAGGGUACUGUUAACCACUGCGGGCCCUAUUCCCCUGCUAAAGAAUCUAUUCUCGCAAGCAGCUUUCGGCGAGCUACGUCUACACUCCAAGAGUGCAGCGUUGUUCUAUCGACACACACUGACCAGUGCCAGACCCCACUUAUGGCUGCUGUUAGCAAAGGAGACCACGUUUCUGCACAGAACCUUCUUAUGCACGCAAAAAAGGUCGAUAGCGAAGGAUUCAGUGCCCUUCUGUAUGCGAUAGAGGUUGAUAGUUUGCCUUGCGUCCAGCUUCUUGCAGCACUUGAGUUUUACAUAAACCACCCCAAUGGUGACUCGCCCCUAAUUUACGCGCUCAAGAGUGGUAAAAUAGAGCUUCUUUCCGAACUUGCACAACAUUGCGCAGGGAGCUUAGACGCCUCCGGCAACACUGCUCUAUGCAUCGCUAUUCGCUGCAACGAUCUACCUGCUAUUGAGCUACUGCUUCCGUAUGAGUUACUUCUCAAGUCUGACAAUACUCUAAUGGCUUUAGACGUCGCCUGGAGUUGCUUGCUUCUCCACAACACAAUGCCGUGGCAGAUGUUGACAGACUACCUCCUUAAGCACCACAAAUGCUAUCCACGCGCUGUGAGCCUAUCAGGCAGCCCCAAAUAUGUGGACCAGAAAACAAAAACUAUGCUAUUAGUAGAGGGAAAUAUAGGUACAGCUGCAAGCGAACAUACAGAAAUAACAGAAGAGGACUUGUAUGCUGUUCUUCCUUGUGGAAGGACCGCACUGAUGUUGGCUGCACAGAAGAACUCUGCCCAAUACGUCCAGUUUUUGCUUCCGGAAGCAGGGAUGAGUACUCCGGUUGGUGAAACAGCGUUGUUGCUUGGCAUGCAAGCGCAAAGCAUGCGAGCAGUCGAAAUUCUUUGGAAGUACGAAUCGUUUCUAUCGAAGGCAACAGAGCUCAUGCGAAUUUGCCUUUUAGCUGAGCAGCCGAACAAGCUUCAUGAGCACGAUAUCUGCUGUCGGGCAACAGAUGGUAGUACCGCUCUGAUGUACGCAGCUGUUUCUAACAAUCAUGCUGCUAUUCGGAUGCUCAUUAUGAGGGAGAUGAGGAUGCACACGCGUAAUGGCUUUACAGCUUUGAUGAUGGCUGCACGACAUAAUUCUUUGGAUGCUGCAAAGGAGCUUUUACCUUACGAGGCACGCUUGACCGAUCAGGCAGGAAUGUCUGCCUUGAUGCAUGCAAGCCAGUGUGGGCAUGUGCAGUUGGUUUCUUUGUUAGCCACAUACGAAGAUGGAAUGCAGGAUACUAUGGGGAGAACAGCUUUUCUGCAUGCAGUUGCAAAUAGACACUCAGGCUGUGUCCAUGCUCUUUCUUCAGAGCUACUUUUUCCAGGAAUAGGUGGCAAUUCUCCUCUUAUCCACGUGUUAUUGAAAUAUGGAGUGGAACACUGUCAGGAAAUAUUUACUACCGACAUGAUAAUAGCGUCAGCCGGACUUCACAAUGAUAACGGGCAGACAGUGACUAUGAUUGCCGCCAGUCUAAGUGCUACGGAUAUUGUUAAGCUACUAGCUCCUAUAGAAGCAGGCAUGCAAGAUGGAUUGGGACGCACGGCCCUCAUGUAUGCCACAGAGGUAUGUUCACUGGAUGUAAUGACAAUCCUUCUAGAUAAGGAAGAGAAGCUACAGAAUACUAACGGCGAAACUGCACUAAUGCUUGCCGUUAGAUCUGGCUAUAGCAGAUGCAUUCAUAUUCUUGCUCCUCGAGAGGCGUCUCUACGGAACAAUCAGUACAUGACAGCUCUGGGUCUUGCCGUGGAACUAGAUCUUCCAGAAGUAGUUACCAUUCUUGCUCCAUAUGAGGCUAGCAUUUCUGUAAGAAAGAAUGAGUCUGUGAUUGAUCUGGCUGUUUCAUUAGGUCAUGCAAACUGCGUUGCAGCUCUUGCCAAUUAUAUGUCAGAGAACUGUAUCUCCAUUCCCCUUACCCAGCGAAGUCCAGUGAUAAGUGGUAGGACACCGCUUUUAGCAGCUGUCCUCUCCAAUAGAAUUGACGAUGUCGUGACAAACUUAGGGUUCAUGGGGUACGGAUACUCUCUCAGCAAAACAGCAUUAGGAAAGGACGUCAUCUGUACUGCUCUUCAACUGUCUGUACGGCUGAAUCAUCUAGAUUGUACUAAGUUGCUUUUAUCAGAAAUAGGAGUGUAUGUUCCAGGCUCUGAAACUGCACUUAUGCAAGCUGCUCAUAUGGGUUUAUUAGAAAGCGCCAGAUUGCUCCUCCCGGAAGCAGGGGCCCAAACCAAGGAGGGUUAUACAGCCCUUAUGCUCGCCGCUAUCGGUGGCCACUCAGAGGUUGUUAAGCUUUUGCUGCCCUUUGAGACCAAAAUGAAAACGACUGCUGGCCGAACAGCCCUUAUGCUUGCGUCUGCUUAUGCCAAAGAAGACUGUAUAGCGUUGUUAGUAGAGCAAGAAGCAAGACUUUGCGAUCAUCGAGGUGUGAGUGCUCUAAUGUGCCUGGGGCGAAUCUCAAAUGCUCAGCAAAUCAGCACCCUUAUUGCUGAAGAGCUCUAUUUGCAGGACUGCAAUGGAUACAGCGCCCUGAUGUAUGCUGUCAUAGAUAACAAUAUGGUCCUUGUUCGCGAACUUCUAGCCGAGCUUCCACUUAAAACUCACCUCGGUGAAACGGCACUAUCACUUGCUGCUGUUUACGAGAGAUCUGCUAUUUAUGAUCUCCUUGUAGAGUACAUUGUCGAUAAUAACAUAGCACUGCAGAUACCAAAGCGCGCUAUCUCUACCUCUGCCAGAACAGAACUUAUUAGUGCAGUUCUUGCAAACGAUAGAUCAAGGGUUGUCCAACACUUGGAUCAGGUCUUCAAGGCCUACCAAGGGUACACUGCACUCAUGUAUGCCGCUACAUAUGGAUAUGUAGAGAUCGUGGAGAUCUUGGCUCCCCAUGAGUCCUGCAUUCGGACCAGAAAGGGUUGCACUGCCUUGAUGCUAGCGGCUAAGGAUGGGCACGUAGAUUGCCUCUUGCAUCUCCGGCCGUAUGAGCAACAGAUGGCCAUGCUGGAUGGAACCAGCUCUCUGAUGUUUGCAGCCCUUGCUGGCCAAUCCGAUUGUGUUGCGCAGUUGCUUUCGGAGGUCUAUAUGCGAAAGGUGAAUGGAGACGACGUUAUCUCGUUAUGUGAGAAUGAGCUAGAGCAUGAAGAUUUACCAGAAGAACAUCUUUAUGCAAUCAGGCGCCGCUGUCUUCCUCUUAUCUACGCACGGCUGACUGAAGAUCAAGCAGAUGCCACUGCUAAGGAUUGCCCUGGUAUCCUGGAUACAAAUGACCAGGACGGAAACAAUUUACACUGA